GCUUGUGUCAACAGUAACUUCAAGCUUGAAGUUUCUCGCACAUAACCAGCCGCCACGAGCUAGGAUUGGUCUGCUUAUGGCCCUUUCCCUCUCCAUGCCUCUGUGCUCCUCUAGCGCCCCGUCAGCGCUCAAGAGUUCUCCUAGCUUGCUGCGAGCCGAGCUCUCAGGCAAGGCCGGCAAUCGAACGGUCGGGAUCUGCUUGCUUCCGACUCCCUCCUCUCUCUGCUCGAACCGCCUUGUCGCGAGACCUAAUUCACUGUCCGCGAUCAAUUCAGGGCGCGGGUCAUUUCCAGUGUCCGGAAUUUCGUCUGUAAAGACCCGACCACUAGUGACAAUGGCUGCAGCAGCGGCAACCACGGAGGCUCCAGCAGACAUCCAGGAGAAUCCGCUGCUGUCGCUGAAUCCCGCGUCGAUCCCGCUGUUCGAUAAGAUCGAGCCGAAGCACGUCGUGCCCGGCAUGCGGGCCAUUCUCAAGGAAGUGGAGGAGCAGCUGGACGCGCUGGAGAAGAACGUGAAGCCCACAUGGGCGGGCCUGGUGGAGCCCCUGGAGCGACUGCAGGACCGGCUGUCGAUCCCGUGGGGCGCGGUGAACCACCUCAACGCCGUCAAGAACUCGGACGAUCUGCGGGCGGCGUUCGAGGAGGUGCAGCCGGACGUGGUGGCGCUCUCGCUGCGCCUUGGGCAGAGCCGCCCCAUUUACGACGCGUUUGUGGCGAUUAGGAACGAUGAGGCGUUGUGGGCGAGCCUCAGCGUGGCGCAGAAGCGUGUCGUUGAGUCCGAGCUCACAUCCGCCAAGACCAGCGGCGUGGCGCUGGAGGGGGAGGCGAAGGAGCAGUUCAACAGGAUCCAGCAGGAGAUAGCGCAGCUCAAGACCAAGUUCCAGAACAACGUGCUCGACGCCACCAAGAACUUCGUCCGCAUCGUCACCGACCCCGCUGACGUGGCGGGCCUGCCGCCCUCUGCGCUGGGCCUUGCUGCUCAGGCCGCUGUUGGCAAGGGUCACGAGGGAGCGACGGCAGAGAAUGGGCCGUGGGCCUUCACGCUCGAUCUGCCCUCCUACCUGCCUCUCAUGCAGCACUGCCGCAACCGGAGCUUGCGUGAGGAAGUGUAUCGUGCCUACCUUACCCGCGCUUCAGAGGGCGAGAUUGAUAACACCCCUGUGAUCAUCCGCAUUCUGCAGCUAAGGCAGGAGAAGGCCAAGCUGCUGGGGUUCAAGUCCCACGCUGAGGUGCCAAUGCAGUGGCGCAUGGCCACCAUUGAGAGCGCACGGAAGCUGGUGGACGACUUGAGAGAGGCGGCGUAUGACAUCUCCGUGAAAGAGCACGAGGAGCUCAAGGCGUUCGCCAAGGAGCAGGGCGCGGAGGAGGCGGACGACCUGCGGCAGUGGGAUGUAACUUUCUGGGGAGAGCGGCUGCGGGAGGCGCGGUACGAGCUGACGCAGGAGGAGCUGCGGCCCUACUUCUCCUUCCCGGCGGUCAUUGACGGGCUCUUCAACCUCGCCACACGCCUCUUCGACGUCUCCUUCCAGCCCGCCGACGGGGAGGCACCGAUCUGGCACCCGGACGUGCGCUACUACAAGGUCACCGACUCCUCCGGCGCCACCAUCGCCUCGUUCGUCCUGGACCCGUACUCGCGGCCGGCGGAGAAGCGGGGCGGCGCGUGGAUGGACGGCAUCUGCAACCGCAGCCGCCUCUUUGCCGCCCCGGGUGCUGCCGCCCGCCUGCCGGUGACGCACAUUGUGUGCAACCAGACGCCCCCGGUCGGAGACAAGCCCAGCCUCAUGACCUUCAACGAGGUGGAGACUCUCUUCCACGAGUUCGGGCACGCGCUGCAGCACAUGCUGACGCGGCAGGAGGAGGGGCUGGUGGCGGGCAUCAGCAACGUGGAGUGGGACGCGGUGGAGCUGCCGUCGCAGUUCAUGGAGAACUGGUGCUACCACCGCGCCACGCUCCUCCGCAUUGCCAAGCACUACGAGACCGGGGAGCCCCUCCCCGAGGAGCUGUACAAGAAGAUAGUCGCCGCCAAGAACUUCCGCUCCGCCACCAUGACGAUGCGCCAGCUGCACUUCGCGUCCAUUGACCUGGAGCUGCACACCUCGUUCGACCCCGAGGGCUCCGAGUCCAUCUACGACCUCAACAGCCGCGUGGCGUCGCGCAUGCUCGUGCUGCCGCCGCUGCCCUCUGACCGCUUCCUCUGCUCCUUCCUCCACAUCUUCGCUGGUGGCUAUGAUGUUGGAUACUACAGCUACAAGUGGGCAGAGGUGCUGUCAGCCGAUGCAUUUGCAGCGUUUGAGGAGGCAGGGAUCGAUGACGAUGAGGCUGUGAAGGCCACUGGGCACAAGUUCCGGGACACAGUGUUGGGCCUUGGAGGAGGCAAGGCUGCCAAGGACGUGUUUGUGGAAUUCCGAGGAAGGCAACCGGCAAUUGAGCCACUGCUUCGGCACACUGGGCUUGUGCCGGAGCCGCUUGCUGCCUAAUGUCCCUUGUGUGAAGUUGCCAGUGACGACAUCCAUACUUCAUCCUAAGAAUAGUUUAACUCACAUUUGAGUGGGAGUGUCUUCAAACGAGAAAAUUGAGGGCAAUGUGUUGGAAUGGGAUAUGUAAAAUUGGCGUUGCAAGUUGUCUCUUGAAUCAAUAGUAUGAGAAAGUACUUGUGACCCGUAUUACCCAUAAUAACGUUAAAUUUGAGUG